ACGCUUUGGACUCAUGUGUACUUUUAAGUGUUGACAGCAAUUUAGUCGAGAGUUCAAAGGCGGUUGGCGAGCACAUACCUUAUUUUUGAAAAAGAGUUUUGAACAUACACAUAGAAUAAAUCGUCCAGUAUGAGAACCGCAGAAGCUUUAGUCAUCCUAGCUGUUUUUGGCUUCUGUUGUUUAACUUUUGCCAAUUCCUUGAAGUGCUACAGUUGCACCAGUACUAAGGACUGCAAGAAGCCAAGUAAAUUGGAAUGCAACUCUAAUGCGGCCAAUAAUACACGUAAUUACUUAAAUCUAUUAUAUACGGGUGUACCUGGUACGAAUUUCACCAGCCAAAGUUUCGUAUGUGUGCGUGAUUGGUUGAAGACAUCCUCCAACGAAUUCACAUACAAGGGUUGCGCCUAUAGUAAUUACCAGAGUUGCAGUUACCCAGUGAAUCCAUAUUACUCUCAACAUCACGAACGUAAGUGCGCUCAAUGCAACGUGAAUGUAUGUAAUCCAGCCGCACGUGCUAACGGUAGUCUAUUGACAGUAAUAACGACAAUUGUGGCAACAGUUGUGGUGAAAAGUGUGUGGCGCAAGCGAAGUUUUUAAAUAAAUUUUCAGAGUAUUUUUAAGUAUACCAAUGUAUUGUUUCAAACUUUAGUUGUGAGAUUUUUUAUUAAAAGUGUUGCCAGAUGUAUUCAGCAGCACUAAGUAGUAGAAAAUUAUAAUAGACUAGUAGUUUAAUGUGGAUAUUCAUGAAAUGUGUUUAUUUGCAUAAAUUUUGUAAUAAAAAUUAUAAUUUGCCAUGA